AUCUCCAUCAAUCUUUGUCCAUGACUAGCUUGUUUGUAUCUCACCCCACUAUACUGGAGCUGCAUCUCACACAGCACACUCAUCCCAUCGAUACCUCACGUAUAAAUACCCUCAACACCCUCUUACACCCACUCAUCCUCCCCACCUCCACCAGGAUUUUUAAAACCCAGGACCUGCACCAACAGCUUCUGUUUACUCACGAAGAGAAACCAUCCACAAUGGCACCCAACCGCACCCCUCCCUUCCACGGCACCUUCGACGGCGUGAUGUUCACGCUCACGCAGCAACGGCACCCCGGCCCGGAGGGGGUGGUGAUCGACUACGUGCACCUGGAGUGCGAGGGCCACGAAUGGAUCUCACUGGCCGGGCGUCUGCUCCAGCAGCACUGGUGCCGGUACCCGCUGCGGCGGGGCGGGCGGGGCGAGCGGCGCGGCGGGGCGGCCGUCAUCUGCAGCGGCCGCGUGCGCCUGUACAUCGACGAGCCCACCUUCGGCCUGCCGGUGGCACUCCCAUUCUUCCACCUGAACGAGGCCGAGUGGACAGCGGUCGAUGGUAUGGCCCCGCCUCUGCCGGUGCUCCUCGCGCUCCAGGAGCAUCUGAUGAAGCCGGGGAUGGGGCUGACUCAAGAACGAAUAAACAAAGAAAAAUAUCAUGAACCCCGGAUACCGGGCGAUUGA